UACAUUACAAUAAUGAUAAUAUCCGGUGACGAAAAUCAAGGUGGUAUCAAUAUCUAGUCAAUUCCGUGUAUAUUUCCACCACCACGGCAAAUCUCCAUUUCAACUAUUCCAUAAACUAUUUCCAAUCCUUUGAAACGUGGCCAACAAUGGACAGCUGUAAUUCCGCACAGUGGCGACAUCUAUGCGGAGAGAUCGUUGCAAGGUUGGCUGGCAGUUCGCAGGCGCAUUUCCCGGUGCAUUCUCUCACUUCAGUCCCGGUUCGAGCCGCACGUCAUUCCUUCCCCACGAUCCAUCGGCUGUAGACAUCGUUCUUUCUUCUCUCCACGCACACAUACACACAUAUAUACAUACACACGCAUACACAUACAUCCAUCCUCCCCUUCUCCCAUCGUUGCCCCUGCGGCAAAUGUAAAGUAGAAACGUGCGCGCAUCGACCACUCGACAAAUCUGGCUCGUAAUUCCACAAAUUUUAUUGGGUUUAAAAAGCGCGAUUCGACACGCGCGUUUCAUUUCACUUUUCUCUCUCCUUCCUUCUCCGCUCUCACUCCCUCGCACUCGCUGUAACGUUACACGCUGCCCACCAUAUCUACUCUCUCCCCACUCCAACAGUUCUUGCUUCGUGAUGAUUCCCCUUCCGUCCGCUCACCGAUAAGCCGCUCCACUGUCACGGUCGAAGAAGAAAGAAGAGGAGGGAUACGAAGCGCGCCGCCAGCUGCUGUUCCAUCGAAUAGUGUCGUCAGCAUUUCUCAUCUCGCCAACUUUUGAUCCACUUUCUUCCGGGGGUCUGCUGGCAACCCGGAAACACGGAGUAUGUCGCUGAUUUCUAAUUGUUUUCGACGGCUCACCGGGGAGGCACCGUCCAAAAACGAGCUGAAGGGCUACAAGGUCACCGAUGUGAACCGCAUACGAAAAGUCGGCAUCGCCUGCAGAAGCCUUCAGGAGUUGAAGCAUAAAGCUUGCGCGAAACUGAACGUGACAAACGAUCCAGCCGAGAUCAACAUUUAUCUUCUCGAUGGUUCGUUGAUCGACGAGGAGGAAUAUUUUUCCACGUUGAAGCCUCAGACGACGCUGAUCCUUCAAAAACCUGGGGAAAAAGUGUUGUCCGAUGCGGAUCUCCUUUACGACACGUUGAGGCGUGUCAAUAUCGAUUUUCUGAUCGCCGGCGAGAAAGCGUCCGAAUUCCUCGCAGAUAACCUUAAAGCGAAGGUUGCGGUUCUAAACAACGCUUUGAACAAGGACGACUCGAAAACGGCGUACAGCAGCAGGGAGGAACACCCGGACUGGUUCCAGGGACUGGAGACAAAUUGCGCGACUAAGGAGGCGUAUUUGCACCGUAGAUGUCAGGACAGGAUACGUGGUUACCUGUACAAAACGAUCGAUCAGAUCAAAUCGUCCGACGUGUUCUCGAAGGAUCCACGAGCGAGGAAACAAUUGCUGUACGCGAUAGCUUUCUUCAAGAUGCAAUUGAAGGAGGACCAUUAUUUCGGAUACUAUUUCGACAGGAGUCGGGCGAAGAUAGGAUCGUUGGAGGGUAGGGAUGAGCGCGACUCGUCGGCGAGCUGUUACGAUCAUUGCCCGUGCAGGCUGAAAUGGUUGGACGAGAGCACGUAUUUCCGUUUGUUCGGCACGAUCGGGCAACAUUGCGACGACGUUGACGCUGUGAAGAGGAGGAACGAGAGGAAUAGCGGCGGGAAGGGCGAAGAGGAGGAGAAGGAGGCGGAGGAGACUUGCCCUUACAAGAUCAGGAGGACAGGGGAGGACACGUGUGUAGCUUUGUGCGACCAGACGGGCGAGUUUAAGUGUUACGGCGUGUGGAACGAGGAGAAGUGCCUUUACGGGGACAGGCACAAGAUCAAUCCUUAUAGGUCGAGGGAGGAGCUUAUUUUGUUCUCUACGUGGAAUUUUGAUCAUAAGAUUGAGAGAUCCAGGACAUUGAUCCCGCUACUUCUGAAACUGGCGACACAAGGUACAGCCAACGAGAUGGAUCUCUUCGAAAUCUACGACAAUCUAUUUACGAUGAAAAAUCUGAGGCUGGUUCACAUCGUGUGCCACGAUAAAGGCUCGCACAAAUAAUUAGUAAUUAUCACUGAUGGAAGAGUUAAUGUAUAAUUAUAUUACGAUAUGCGAAAUACGCGGGAAAUCACUAUCAUAAAACUACGUAAUAAUAAUACGUAGAACAACCUCUGAACGUAAAUGUAACUCUUCGUGUGAAAUAUUUACUUAUAAAACUGCUGUUGAUAGUUGAAGAAAUUAAAAAAAUUUAUCACGUAUUCAAUAGUGAUUCCGUUGCGCCACAAAGUGACAAGCAAUAUAUACCGAUCGAAGAAACUUUCUUCUUUCUAAUGAUAGAUUAAGUCAAAGUUUCCUAUAUUGCAACCAUUUUCUAUUAUCCACCGAUGAAUGAAACCGUGCACGAUAGAAUCAGAUUAAAAGAAAGAAAAAGUUUAAAAAUCGCAUUUGCGAUCACAGAUGUUCACAUUAUUGUGAAUUGAAACUGAUAACCAGAGUUUGCCUGUACUUGAACUUGUCCAUUUCUACUUUACAAGGGAGAAAUAUAACUUGUCUUAGCCGAUAAAACACGUAAUUAUACGCACGGUCGAUAAUACAGACAGACGAUAUCCUCAAGAGAUAAGUUAAAAUACUAUACUAUCGACGCGACAACUUUUUUAACACGUUUUUAAUACAUCUUUAUGCAUCUUAACGACUGUUACAACUUUCUAUCGAAUAAGUGUAAUUAACGAAAUGACGUUUUUCCUUCUUCAGCACAAAUCUGACCUUCCUUUACGGGAAGAUUUACGAUUUAUUGUAUACAGGGUUGGGCGCAACGGAAUAAUCGAGAUUAAAAAAGAAUAAAUUUCCAAUUUAUGGAUCACAAUCCCUAAAAAGAUCGAAGAAUAAUUUUUAUUUGCAAUUAUUUAUACAAUUUUAUUAUGAAAAUUUUCAAUCCUAUAAUUUCAAUAUAUUUAUAUGAAAAGGUUCAUCGAGAUCACGUACAAGUAUUAAAUAUUGCAUAUGGCACAGAUUAAUAUUUCAUCAACAUUCUCACUUAUUGAUAUUCAUCAUUAAAAAAAAAAGGCGUUAUAAUUAUUUUAAUCCAAAAUGAAUGCAUUUCAUUUUAUAUAAUUAUAAGAAAGAAAAGGGAUUGUGAUUUUAAAAACAUUGGAAAAUAACUGAUCUAAAGGACUGUUCAUUAUUUUAUUGAAAUUGCAAGAAAGAUAUGGUGGUCGCAAGAUGACCCAACCUUAGCAUUUAGAGUUUAUCUUUAAAGAAUAUUAUUGAUCAAAUAUCUUUCGAGUAUUUUUGAUUCGACUGGAAGACAAAACCAAAGUUCUGAUAUAUACAUAUACAUAUAAAUAUACUAUAUAAAUAUAUACAUGUACGUAUUCGUUAUUGAAUUUAGAGAAUACACAUAUGUUUAUAUGUAUUAUGGACGCGUGUACAGGAUGAUAGAAUAAAUAUUCGAUAAAAUAUUGAAUAAUAAAUGUGUAAAAUUGAUGUAAUAUACGCAAAUAGUUCCAUUUCCAAUAAACAGAUUUGUUUAAGAGAAUAAGUAAACGUUAAUAGGUUAUAUAUGAUAUAAUAUAAUUAUUAUAUAUGGAUUUACUUGUUGGAUUUACUUUGUCUAGAAUUUAUUAAGGAAAAGAAAUUAUUGUUGUGUCAAGAAAAAGGAAAUUAAAAUAGUAAUUUAUGCAAUUUAACAACUAACUUGAACAAAUAUUUAAGCUUCAUAAAUUUUAUGGAAGUAUUAAUGUAUGUAUUUAUGUCAUCAGUGUUUUUUUUUUUUUUUUUUUUUUUUUUUCCAAUAACCUAAAUGUAAUCCGACAAUAUGAUAUUCGACUCAUCCUGCGCACGUGUACAUGUAAUAUAUGUAUACAUAUACAGGAUAUUUGGCUAUAGGUAUCCAAAAAUUGAAAAAGUCAUUCUACAAGUCAAAACAAUAGAAAAAUAACAAAGUUGCAAACAAGAUAUUAAUUUUUCGUGUAGAAAACGUCAAAAGAAAUUAGAAAUUUUAUCAUAAAAAUCUAGUCAGAAAAUAAAGAAAACCUCGCCAUUAAAGCUAUUUUUUGUUUCAUUCCGAUAUCUCAAUUGGUUGCCAAGAUAUAAGAAAUUAAACUUUUUAUAUACUCGAGAUGGUAGAAAUUAUGAUUGACAUCUAGUGACAUCUACACUUUUUUCUAUGUAAAUACGUCCAGAAAUUGUGAAGAGUUCG